UUUAUCGUAUUUUUUGAUAAAUGGAUGAUAUGUUCACCUUCAUGGUUUUGUGUUUUACAUGUGUUUGUCCAUAUAUAACUGUGUUUGCAAAAUGCAAUAUUACUCUUAAUUUGUUCGGCCAUAAGGCGGCUUUAUGUAGAUACCAAGGACUUACAUCGGUUCCAACAAAUUUACCACCCGAUAUAAUGAAAUUGGAUUUAAGUUUUAAUAGAUUGAGCAGGCUGGAUUCCAACGGAUUUUAUAGAUAUAAGUAUCUAGAAGAUAUCAUAAUUGAUCAUAACUCAAUCAACAUGUUGCAUCAUAAGGCCUUUCAUGGAUUAUCACUAUUGAAGCAUUUGUCUUUGUCUAGAAAUAAUCUGUCUGUUUCUCAGUCGUAUCACCAUGAAGUAUUUGAAUCUCUACAGAGUUUAUCAGUUUUAGACAUAAGUAGAAAUAUGAAAACUAUAAAUUAUAACCCGUACAAAAUUCCCGUCGGCAGACUUAGUAACUUGCGUGAGCUGAGCAUCGAUCUAGUUUUAAAUGCAACGUUUGGACAUCAGUUUAAGAAACUGCACAAUUUACAAGUAUUGAAACUUGAUUAUUGUCACGUUACCCAUUUAUACAAUAACACAUUUUCAGAAAUGCCGGUAAAUAUACGGGAAUUCCACAUGACAACGUGUAAAGACUUUGUUGUCAUUGAAAGUGGUGUUUUAGUUCCAUUUCCACGUCUAAAAUUGCUCAAUCUUACUAACAGCAAUAUUCACUUAGCACAGGCCCUAAACAUAUUACACCCGUUCCAGAAAAAAUCAAUGGAUGCGCUGCUGUUUCGCGGAAUAUCUCAUGCUGAGUCUAAACAAGGCUUAGAUUCGGUUAUUCUUACACCGGAGAUGAUGAGUUAUAUAUCAACUAUUUGUAUAAAAACAUUAGACCUCUCUGACAAUGACAUUAUAUUAGUUAAAAACAAAUCGUUAGUCCUGUUUAAACAUCCAGAGUGCUUUGAAAACGUUAUGUUAUCUGCUAAUAGAUUUAGUUUGGAUAACUGGGCUGGUUAUUUCUUUAAAUUUGUAUACACGAUGACUAACAUUAAAAUAAUCGAUUUUUCAUAUUUUCCUUUACGUUUCAAAAAUCCAAUUUUCCUUGACGUAGUAACGAAAGACAACUAUACAAGUGUUGAACAAGUGAAAGGAAAAUGGGGGAGAAGGGUUAUACCAAUUGCAGUGACAGUUCCGAGUCAAAUCCUAUUUUUGAGAAUAACGCAUCUUAUGGCUAAAAAUGCCUUUCGGGAAAUAAAAACCAUAAACAGCUCCCUUCGUCACCUUGAAAUAUCUUACUUCGAAACAAAUAUAUUCCCACUUUUGACUUUUGAAGGAUCUAAUAGUUUGGAGUAUUUGGAUUUAUCAGGAAUCAGUUCUGUAUUAACUAUUGGAGACAGAAAAAUUCCGACGUUCAUUCAUCUGAAAACAAUUAUCUUGAAAGAAACAAACUUGUUCAAUGUUUUACAAACUAAUUCAUCAAUAUUCAGUUUUUGUCCAAAUAUAAUGAAUUUGGAUAUAUCAUAUAAUUAUAUCUGGAAAAUCGAAACAAAAUCGUUUGGACAACUUCAUAAUCUUAAACGGCUCAAUCUAUCGCAUAAUUUGUUUGAGACUGUUCCAGAUGUUGUAACUACGUUUUAUAGCAUUGUCGAACUCGAUUUAUCGCAUAAUCAAUUAACAACAAUUGGAAAGAAUAUACUAGAUUGGAUAUCUUCCCAGCACAAAGAACAUGGAACCUUUCAAUUACAUCUAAAUACUAACCCGUUUAUAUGUUCAUGUGAAUCGAUUACACUUCUACGUUGGAUUUUGACAACUGACGUAACGUUAGAUAACAAUGGUAAUUACUCGUGUUGGGUUUCUUCGAGAAACAGUAUCAACUAUACAAGAACUGUCGCUGAAGACUUUCAUCCUUAUUUCGUUGACUGUGAUACUACUGUCUGGAUAAAAGUAGGCAUUUCAUUAUUGGUUUCUGUUCUAUCGAGUGUGCUUUGUUCUGCUAUAUUAUACAAUUUCAGAUGGAGGAUAAUGUUUUUUUUCUUCCGAAAUUUCCGGAGAUUUGCCGAGAAAGGUCUUGAGCUGAAUUUUGAUUAUGACGUUUAUGUUUCAUAUUCAGAUGACUGUGUUUCUUUCGUGAAAGAUUUGCAAGAGAAAGUAGAGAACGACUGGGGGUUCAAAGUUUGCUUUGAAGAUAGAGAUUUCAUUGUAGGCGAAUCAAUUGCUAAUGAAAGAGCCACGUCAAUAAAUAGAUGUAGACACAUCAUAUUUCUAGUAACGCCGUCAAUUGUAAAAAAUGAAUGGACUCGAUUUGAAAUUGAGCGCGCAAAGUAUGAAAAGUUUUCUAAAAAUCUGCAGAAGAUUGUUGUUAUUACAAGAGAUAUCCCUUUGGACACUGUUCCGAUGGAGUUUUCGACUAUUUGGAAAGAUGUACUUUUAAUUCAAUGGCCGAGUGAGAAGGAAGAUGUUCAAAUGGCUUGGCAAAAGCUUCGACUUUGGUUCUUUUGAUAAGGUAUUAUGGUACUAGCGUCGACCGAAUGGAUAGUGAACCAUGCAUAACCUUUGUACGUGUAAACCUUUUUUCAUUACUUUUGUUAUUCCAAUAGUUUUCCUUUUCAAGUUUCUUUUUGCAUCGUUUAAGGUAUGCAGACAAAGGAAAAUUGUGCAUUCAAGCUAAACCAUUGUUCAUGUACAACAUGCGGAUCAUUAUUGCAAUAAUUGUUUUCAUACAACUGAGUGUAUUGCAGCACAAUCCCUUUUUAUAUAGUUGUUACGAAAAUUCAAGGCUUAUAAGACAUUGUC